AUGUUUGCUGGUCCAGAUCCAAGAAACGACUGGGAUAUGACCUCAUUAUCUUGCCAUCCCUCUGAAACUCCACAAGGCAGAACCUUUGCCCAGUUAUACCAAACGGCCGAUAGGAAUUUCCUAGAGGUGUUUCAGCAAUAUGCGGAAAUAAUCUUCCCAUCCGACAAGCGCAAGCCUAACGUUACUGUAGGGAAUGAGGACAUGGAGUGCGGUGAGGAAUUUGAAGUGUAUGAUGAAGAGGUGCCCAAUGGCCAUGACGACGUCGAAGAGGACAAUGACAUCGAGUCCUUUGGUCAAGGGGAAGAGGAGCAAGAGGAUCAUGAAGGCUCCUUGCCGCUGCCUGAUGCAUCACAAGGCUCCUUGCCGCUGCCUGAUGCUUCACUGGGUGAUGCAUCUGAUGCAUCAGGAGCCACGCCUGAUGCAUCAAUAGGUGCAAUGUCUGAUGCAUCAUCAUCAUACUCUAACUAUAAUGGUGUCUCCGCACCAAUUCCUCAUUCGUAUCUACCAGCAUACGUACCCCCUGUGACCACCAAUUCAGUUCCCAACUCGUUCGGACCAUUCUAUGCGCCCCAAAUGUCCACCACUUCGGUUCCUAGUUCUUUUACUCCGGCGUAUACUGCCCCUCUCAUGUCCACUGAUGGGUUUACACCGGUCUACAACCCCUCUGUGUCGACCCCCAACUUCUCAUUCCCCAAUAUGUGGCAAGAUCUCAAUGGGACUGAUCCAGUCUUCCAAAUGUCUCCGGCCUCUGCUGCUGCUUGGCUCCAGGAAAAUUUAUCGCCGGUUUCUGCUGAGCGCACUAGUCUGCAUGAGUCCAGUGCUGACUCGCUCCCAGUCUUGCCUCAUCCCAACCCACCCUCGCUCCCAGUCUUGCCUCAUCCCAACCCACCCUUGCUCCCAGUCUUGCCUCAUCCCAACCCACCCCAGCUCCCCAGUACACCCAACAAUUCUCUCUCCACUGUCAUAACCAAGCCGAUCACCGAAAAAAUCAUCCUCGAGCCCAAGGCCGCCCAAAAACCCAAGGCCGCCCCAAAACCCAAGGCCGUCCGCAAGCCCAAGGCCGCCACCACCCCCACGAUUACUAACCCACCCGGAGCUGAGUCUAGUUCACCAGGGGAUGCAGCUCCUGGUGGAAUUACCAAUGACUCUACGAACACACGUGCAUCUAAGCGUGUCCCAGUUAAGUCCAGGCGUAACGAGCUGGCGGAUGUGAUUGGUACUGGGCCUUCCAUGAAACGGCCUGUGCAGAACAGGUCUGCGGGUGCUCAACAGUAUGUUAUCCUGCUCAUUUUUCUUUCGAUGCCUGCUAAGAGCUCUUAG